AUGCUUGAUAUUCGGGUUGGAGGCAGAUACCGUAUUGGCAAAAAAAUAGGCAGCGGCUCAUUUGGAGAAAUUUACCUCGGAGUAGACAUCCAGACAAAUGAAGAAGUCGCGAUAAAACUUGAAAAAAUUGAGUCAAGGCACGCUCAGCUGAUAUACGAAAGUAAGCUCAUAAGACUUCUCCAAGGUGGGCCAGGUCUUCCCGGAAUUCUCUGAUAUGGCAUAGAAGGGAAUUUCAAUGCGAUGGUUAUGGAAUUAUUAGGUCCAAGCCUCGAAGACCUUUUUAAUUUUUGUAAUAGGCGAUUUACGUUGAAAACCGUUCUUAUGCUUGCUGACCAAAUGAUUUGUAGAGUAGAGUACGUGCACUCAAAAAAUUUUAUACAUAGAGAUAUUAAACCCGAUAACUUUUUAAUCGGACUUGGCAAGCGGAGCAGUUUGCUGUAUAUCAUUGAUUUUGGGCUCGCAAAAAAAUACAGAGACCCUAAAACUCAUGUACAUAUUCCUUAUAUUGAGGGGAAAAACCUCACAGGGACAGCAAGGUAUGCAUCAGUUAAUACACAUAUCGGGAUUGAGCAAUCCCGAAGAGACGAUUUAGAGUCAAUUGCUUAUGUGCUGAUGUACUUUUUAAGAGGAAGCUUGCCAUGGCAAGGAAUUUCAGCUCAUGGAAAACAGGAAAAGUAUCAGAAAAUUAAGGAGUCAAAAAUCAAUACAAGUGUAGAAAUGCUUUGCAGAGGAUUCCCUAAUGAAUUUAUGACGUAUAUUAAUUAUUGCAGAGAACUUAAGUUUGAGGAAAAGCCAGAUUAUGGGUAUCUAAGAAGGCUUUUUAAAGAUUUGUUUGUAAGAGAAGGGUACGAUUAUGAUUAUGUAUACGAUUGGACGUUAUUGAAUUACUCCAAUGCAAGACCAUUGAGAAGCAGAGCUCACCAUGAAGAAGAGAAAAAAGAAAUUAGAAAUGUAGAUGUCAGCAGGGAAGUGGUAAAUAUAAGUGACAAUGCUGAGAAUAAGCAAAUUGAAAGACAAGAUACGAAGAAAUCUGAAAAGAAAAGCAAAAAUAAAUGUGAAAUCUUUUAA